AGCAUCGCACACCCGCACGCCAGAGACCAGAGUCAAAGCUAAGCUAAUAUACAGAGUCCACAGUCCAGACUAUACGGCGCACCAUAGCCAGCAGCAGAAGCGACACCAUGCGCGCUCCGGCGAGCCUCCUGCACCGGACCGCCCUCGCGUCAGCCGGCACCGGCCAGACAUCGUCGUCGUCGUCGUCACCACCUCAGCAGCAGGAGCAGACGGCGCCGGUGAUGGCGGUGAACUCGGACAUGGCGGUUAUCCUGGCGUCGCUCCUGUGCGCGCUAGUCUGCGUCCUCGGCCUUGCCCUCGUCUCCCGGUGCGCAUGCCGGCAACGCCGCUCUGCCUCAUCCUCCGACCACUCUCCUCCGCCGCCCAAGGGCCUCAAGAAGAAGGCCAUCGACGCGCUUCCCACCGUCUCCUUCGCCGCCGCCGCUUCUCCGACGCCAGGGGCGUGCUCGUCCUCUGAGUGUGCGAUCUGCCUGGCGGACUUCACGGAAGGGGAGGGCCUGCGGGUGCUCCCACGGUGCGGCCACCACUUCCAUGUUGGAUGCGUCGAUGCCUGGCUCCGGACCUGUGCCACAUGCCCCUCCUGCCGUUCCCCCAUCAUCGUUUCCGCGCCCGUGCAGCCGCCGGCGACACCCACGGUGGUGGUUGUAGUGGCGGCAAACAACAUGUGCGGGAGGUGCGGCGAGGUGGCGGCGCCGGCUGGUGGUGAAGAUAGCACCACGGUCUUCCCUUAAUUACUUUAUUUUAAUUAAUCAUGUUUCAUUUCCUUUUGUUUUGCUAGUUAGGCUAAGUAAUUCGUUAUGACGUCUUAGUUAGUUGUGUAUUUAUUAUCAGCUGAUAAUUAAUUAUUCAGGUCUGUUGUACA